GACGACAGACAUUUUCUGCCAGUGCUACCGAGAGAGCACCGAUUAAUACGCGACUAGACUGUCUUUGCCUUUCGCAUCGCGGAUACUCGGAUCAUCAAACCCAACACAAAGUCCUGCAUGGCCCGUACGGUCAUGACAGUACGGCCAUCAGCAUGAUGUAAUGUAAUGGCGUCACUUCGCGGCGCGCGGCCGGUAGCUAAACGUUCAUACACACGGCAGCAAAGCAAGAUCUAGAAACUGGGAGCAAGGAGCUGCUCACUCGGCGUGCUAUCUCAGCUUUUCACUCAGGAUACGAAGGAACUAAAGCUCAUCAUAGCCUGGCUUUGGUGGAGUGUGUGACUGUGGAGUUGCAUGCAUCACCAGUUUUCUGUGUCCGAGAAAUAGUAAACAUUAUUGUCCUGUAUUCCAACCAGGUAUCCUUCUUCUAGUGACGGUAGCUGCGUUCACUCUUACCAUCCGGCUGCACCCAGCAGGAAACGUCUUCAGCUCACACACCGUUCCUCAGCAAACAACUCAAGCGGACUGACUGCAUUAUCGAAAUGUACGCGGAACGCCGAGGUGAGCGCUAUGACGUCAUCGCCGUUACGAUGUGCCAGACUCUGAAAGGAGAGAGGAGAGAGGAGGCCCUGUCCCACCUGAAGCAUAUCGCGGGCUACUAUGCACGGCAACGCGAGUCAACAGUUGAAUGGCACCACCUGGAGAACACCCUGAUCAUCCCGGGCCGCAUCAAGGAGUCAGCGCGGGACGUGAUGGACAUGGACGUGACCGGAUCCACGCGAGUGCUGGGCAUGCUGUUGCUAGACGACAGUAACCGUGGUGCCAUUACGAGAACAUUCGAUAUGCAGUCCAACACUCUUCUACCUCUGUAUGACGCACUGAAGAAGAAAUGUCAUGGCCUUGUUAUCGUGAUGCAGUCGGAGAUGGAUACGCCCAAUACGGUGAUGGUCAGGUCCACUGUUACGGAAGACAGGUUAGAAGCGCAGCUCCCACCCAGUGACCUGAACGGACAGACUGGUCACGUGUUUGGCAUCUGGCAGAAGGUGACGCAAGCGCAGAGUCGCUUCUUUGCCGACCUUCUCUUCCGCGUCGACUCGCCAACGACCCCCCGACAACCCUCCAUGGAGCUGCUGCGAAGUCCAGCUCCAGUCAAUCAGGUCACAAGGUGGGUGAUGCAACGGGACAUCGGCAAGAUAAGCGAGAGGCAAAGUAUUCUCAGAUCAGAGGCCGUGCCAUCUGAGUCCCACGUUUUCAUACAUAAGUACAAUGAUAGGCAGAGACGUUCCACUCUGCUGCGCCAGCUUCGCAUCCAUUUGAUCACAAGCAAGGGAGAGAGGAACGUUGAGUACCCUAGGCAGGUACAAGUGUUCCAGGAGACUUGCAUCCCUGAUGUGGAUGUGUCCACCGUCCAGUUGCUCCCUUGGAGAGUUCCAGACAUUGCAUCCAUCGCAUCCUUGAAGCAAGAUAACAUUGACUCGAGGCUUGGGCCUUUUGGAGCGGCCAACGUGGCGAUCAUCUUGGACAGCGCUGACUUAGUGGACAAGCAGAAUCUACUGACAAAACUGCUGCACAACCUUUCAGAGUUUGACAUGGUGCUGGUUUGCGCUGCCUUUGACAGUGGCUUUCUUGAGCCUGCCCAAGACCAGAACAAGGCAGUGUCUAGCAGCCUGCUAUCACGCUGGGACAGGGUGGUAUCAGGGGAGGCAGCGGGCAAGGCCAGGCUGCUAUCUUGGUGGACCACCCCGUCGCAAGCUGUGGCCGACAAUAUCGCUAGCUCUCUGAAGGGAACAGCGACAAUUGAGGGACAAGCACUACCCAGCCCGCCAAACCAAUCGUGGUGGCGUCGCCUGAGGAAGCUAUAGGACAGCCUCACCGAUCGGGGGGGGGGGGAAGAUAGUGAUAAUUAUUGCUAGCGUUUCCAUUCUCCUAUCGAUUGUCACUGCAUUCGUCACCGUGUUUGCGUGAACACUUGUAUUAGUUCAAUAACUUUGCUUACUAGUGCUUGCCAUCUUGCUUGCCAGUGUAAGGCAUUGCUAUCGCAGAAUGUUUCAGAAUGUGAUAAUUAUGUCUUACUAAGACCGUUUAUUGCAAAUUGUUACUGGCAGAAGGACCAGGGAUGCAUCUGCUACCUUGGCCGUUGCCGAGGCCAGCUGCCCUGUAUAAUUGACUGCAAGUGGUUCCUAAAUCAGUUCCUAUUCCUCAUUGUUGCUUCUUUUUUCCCCUCUAGUUUUCUUUUUACGGUAUUAUAAUUUCACGGAGAAGGCGGAGAGCCCGAACGUGUGCAGUUUUUUUUUUAUUAUUUGCCAUGGCGACCCCCGUAAGUCCAAAUAACUGGCAGGGCAGGGUUGGGCCUUUUUCUUUCUUCUCGGAUUUGUAUCUUUUGCUGCAUGUGUGUCCAAAUCAACAAUACGCGUACUUUUUAACAUACGUUGUUUAUCUGUGUGUGUGCUUUCACGUCACUUUUGCUGCAAGAACCGAAGCUUUCUCCACUCUGCUA